AAUGAGCAUACCAGAAUUGCAUAAUUUAGAAUACUCUUAGACCUAAUCUAAAGCAUUAUCUCAUCCUAUUUCAUUCUCUAAAACUUCAAAAAUCAAAAUAUCCAAAAGUUAUAUAGAAAUUUAAGAUGUAUAAUACAAAUUUUUACACUAUAUUAGAAAAAAAUCAAUAAGAUGAUAACAAUUAAUAUCGAUGAUAUAAAAUUGAUGACAUGGAUAAAGCAGUAUUUUUAAUUAUAAAUAUUAUAGUGAAGAUUUCUAUGAGGUAACCUUUCAAUAUAAACAGAACUUUCAAGAUAAAUUCAUUUUUGAUAUCUUAAGUGGGACAUUAGGACACUAAGCCCUUGUUAAAAAGAUAGCAUAAGACAAUUUUACAGAAAACUAUGAAAUGCUUGAGACUAUUAAAAGAACACAAAAUGGAGAGGUAUAAAAAAUAUAUAUAGUCUAAAGAUUAUAAAAUGUCGUAGACGAGAAAAUAAUGAAGUAUUUGUUGCAAAAAUACAACAAAAUAAUCAUUUUCUCAUAGAGAGAGAACUAUAAAUCAAUUUAUACCUUGCUGAAAAUCCACAUGAAAAUGUAGCGAGUAUGGUCGAAUAUUACUUUGAGAAUGACCAAAUAAUACUUAUGUAUCCGUAUUUUUCAGGUGGUACUUUAAAUUAACUUGUCAACACUUAUGCUAACAACAUAAGUAAGCUCAAAGUAAAAUCUAUAAUGAAAAAAAUUUUAUCUGGAUUGAAUCACAUUCAUAAUCUUGGCAUUAUACAUAGAGAUAUAAAAAUGGAUAAUAUUAUGAUAGAAGAAAUUGAUGAUCAUAAAUGUGUUAAAAUCAUUGAUUUUGGAUUUUCAGCAUUCAAAGAUAAUUUAAGUUACUUAUCUGAAAAAUGUGGCACUAUUGGGUACUUUGCUCCUGAGAUUAUUAAUGGAUAGUUUUACAAUAAUAAAUGUGAUAUAUACAGUCUAGCUUAAGUGUUUCACAUGCUUUUAACAGGAAAUCCAAUGUUCGAUAGAAAUAUGAAUACAUAAUAAAUUAUUAGGUUAUCUAAAAAUAAUUUAUUCGCUAUUGAUUAUAGAAAUAUCAAAGAGAGUAAGGCUUAAUAACUAUUAUUCAAAAUGCUUGACUUUUAGGAAAAAAGAUAUGAUGUAUAACUAUGUUUAGAGCAUUCUUAUUUCUUUAAAGCUGAGAAUUUAGAAUUAAAGUAAUUUUUUUAAUUUAAUAUAGAAUUAAUAAUGUAAGAACCUUUGAGUUCAAGUCUCCUUUCUGA